CACUUCAUCUCGCGUUAGCUCAACUUACCUCAGUCGAAUUAACCACAGGGAUCGGAAUCCAGACAGGCUCAGAAUGUGCAUGCUCGGACUGAUCCUGACAAGAUCGGAUCGCACACCAUCUCCCUAGUGCAAUCUAACUUACAGAUCCUUUUGCGCUUGGGCAUAGCACAAAUACCAGGCCAAACGUCCUUGGUACCAGAUGCUGUACAUACAUUACAAAUCACUUCAAUUUCCAGCCGCUACGAACGUGAGCUCUGUCCGUACCUCUCCCGCAAUCCUGCUCACUUUUUUCCCAUUGGACUGCUUUCUAGGGUCAGCUAUGCCAGGCAUGUUGAUGAGGCCAGGUUCGCAAGUUAGUCGCUAUGUACUCCGUAUCAGUGGACGGAAUGUCGGAAUCCACAUUUCCUCGGCCUCUUCCGAAUGGAAGACUCCCUUGCCGUUUGUGGCGGCAGAAGAUCUAAGUUCGCCAUAUCCGUACUCCGUACCAAGGAGGUGGAUUGCUUCACACCAUCGCGGUAUCUGCCGUCUACAUACCUAUGUACGUCGAUCACAAGGUGACAGUGGCUUGUCUCGAACCAGCCACCUUCGGAGAGUGCCGAUCAAAGCCUACAUCCAAGGUCCCCAUGGCCCAGCAGAGUCAAAAGCUCAGGUCAUAAACACACUCCGGCCCAAGGCAGUUUCCGAACAUGUCGAGGUGGAUCUGCCCAGCCUGUGUUUAAUUAGGGGUUGGUAUUGGAAUGAUUGAGAUUCCAAUGCGGCUUUCCUGGGGAUCGAGCCAGA